AUGACUGCAACUAUUGUAAAUGGUUCACAUGAUAUUAUUAUAAAUAAUAAUAAUUGUGUAACUGAUAAUGAAGAUAAAAAAUUAGUUAAAUUAAUUAUCAAAGGAAGAGAUACUGGUAAAUUAUAUCAAGAUGAUGAGAUAACACCUCUUGAGGAUCACUCUGACUCAGGAGGUAGUGAAGAAGAUGGUAAUUUUAGUGAAAAUCCUAUUUCUAAACAGUCAUCUGAGGCAGAUGAUGAAUGGUUAAUUGAUGAAUCAUAUAAUAGAAUAUUAGAACAACUUAAUAUGGUUUCAAUAUUUAAUUCACUUAAUCAUACUUCCGCAUCUCCUAAUGAUGAUUAUAUUGCUGCUGGUUCUUAUACUCUUAGAAAAUGGAGGAAAGAAAUGAAAUUUCCUUUAUCACCAUCUAUUUCUUCUACCAUAACAACAACAAUUCCUAAACCAUCAUUACCAAUUCCUCAUGUUAUAUUAUGUGAUGAUGAUGAUUCUGGUUUACAGAUGUCUUCAAAUGAAGAAUUAGAAUUAGAUAAUGAUUACGGUGAACCAUCAACAUCCUCGAGUUCUCAUAAUUCUUUAGACGAGGAUAAUUCUGAUAAUAUAAAAUCUACAUCUUUAUCCCCUAAUACUCAAUAUGUCAAAUUUACGCUUAGAGAUAAAAGUAGAAAACAUCAAAAUAAUAUUAUUGAUAAUUCAUCCUCUGUACCACUUAUUAAUAAUCGUAUCUCACAAAUAUCAAUUAAUGGUGAUUCGCAAACACAAUGUUUCUGUUCACCAGUCAUCCCAUUAUGGGUAUUUAGAAAAAAAAAUAAAAAAAAAAUUAAAGUUAAAAAUAAAAAUACUACUAAUGUAGAGGUUGAAGAAAGUUAUGGAUAUUUACAGGAUAAUAAAAAUAAACGUAAAAGUUUAGUACCAGAUGACUUACCUAAAGGUCCUAUAGAUAAUAAUAAUGUUGUUAAUAGAAAAAGAAAAGUAAAUUUAUUAAGAAGAGUAAUAUUUGGUAAUUUAUUUAGAAGAAUUUUUGAUGGUGGUAAAAAUAAGAGUAAUGAAGAAAAAAAGAGAAAUGAUAAGAAAGAAAAAUGUUUUUCACCACGAUGGAAGGAUGACGUGGCUGAUGAAGCUACAGUUGUAAAGAUACAUCAAAAUGUUAUAACCUCUAAGAAUAAUGGGAGAACACCUACACCAACAAUAGAAAAAAUUAACCAUCAGGGAAGAAUAACACAACCUUCAUACGAUAAUUCAUAUUCCAUAUCAUCAAAUAAUAAUAAUAUAUCAAAUAUAUCAAUAACUAUACCGUCACCUAAAAAUAAUAUAAUAUCAACCUCAUCAUCAUCAUUACCACCUCCACCAUCAUCAACAGUAGGAAAAUCUUUAACAAAUAUUCCUUCAACGGUAUCACCAAUUCCUAGUUAUGCGGGUAAAUUAGCUAAUGUACCAAGAUUUUAUUAUCCUAAUGGUAAACCAAUAUCACCAAGUGAAAAUGAUGCUGCAUUAAGAAGAGUUGCUAUAAUAUUUUCAAAUUUAAAUAAUGGUUUAGUUGAGUAUAAUGAAAUGUAUAAAUUAUGUGAUGCUAUAAAAGUACCCACAUAUUGGAAAAGACCUAUAUAUGAUGCUUGUAUGAAAUUAGCUGGUAAACCAUCACCAAUAACAACAGAUACAAAACGUGGAACAUUAACAUAUCAAGAAUUUGCCAAUUAUUGGAAUAAUAUGACAUCAUCUUGUCAUGAUGAAGCAUCAAGAUUUAUUUAUACUCUUGCUAUUGGUAAUUUUAAUAAAGAAAUUGUCUCACCAAAAUCUAUUAGAAAUCAUAUAUUAAAAGAAGAUUUUAUACCAAUGUUAACUGAUUUAAUUGAAACUUAUCCAGGACUUGAUUUUCUUCGUGAUGCACCAAAUUUUCAUAUGAGAUAUAUUGAUGUUGUAACAGUAAGAAUAUUUUGGUCAGUUAAUAGAAGUUGGUCUGGUAAGAUAACAGCAAGUGAAUUAAGAAAAUCAAAUUUUCUUCAAACAAUAAAAAUUUAUGAACAUUUUUAUGUAACAUAUUGUAAAUUUUGGGAAAUUGAUGAAGAUCAUGAUUUAAUAAUAUCACAAGAUGAUAUGAAAAGGCAUUGUAAUGGUGCUAUACCAAGUAAAGUUAUUGAAAGAAUUUUUAGUUCAGCUGUCAAUAGGAGGAUGACAAAAGGUCAAUGUAAUGGUAAAUUUAGUAAUGAUGUUAUGGGUUUCCAAGAAUUUGUUGCUUUCCUCCUAGCUGAGGAAGAUAAAAAACAUCCAACAUCUAUAGAAUAUUGGUUUAGAGUUAUAGAUUUAGAUGGUGAUGGUGUAAUAUCAUUAAAUGAAAUGGAAUAUUUUCAUACAGAAAUAAUGCAACAAAUGGAAAUUAGAAAUUACGAAGGAAAUUCAUUAAAAGAUGUUAUUUGUAAUUUAUUAGAUAUGAUCUCUCCAGCAAUGGAAAAUAAAGUUACAUUAUGUGAUAUUAAACGUUCCGGUUUAGCUCAUAGAUUUUUUAAUGCAUUUGUAAAUGUAUAUAAAUUUAUUGACCAAGAGACAACAGAUGGAGAGAGGCCUUCUAUAAGGACAGAAGGUGAUAAAGAAAUGUCUGAUUGGGAUGCUUUUUGUGCUGUUGAGUAUGAAAAUUUAAUGACAGAAAAUAAUGAUUCAGAGGUGAUGGAUGAUGAGGUUCCUUAUGAUGAAAAUAUUGAUAUUAAUUUGUUUGAAGACGAGUAA